AUGAUUAAGAAGUUUAAAAAAGCCAUCAAAGAUGUGGGGUUGGAAACAAAUAAAUUUUUGUGUGGCGACUCUCCAACCCAAUGGAACUCGACAUUCGAGUUGUUGAAAACUGCCUACGAGUUAUGGGAAGAUUUUGUGGAAUUUGACAUCAAAGAAAAAUCGUAUGAGAAGGAUCUACAAAGAGUACCGGAUCGUAUGGACUUUGAGGCGAUAAAAAAGAUGGUGGAUUUCCUUGAAAUUUUUAAGACGAAAACGGAGAACAUUUUGGCUUCAACAAAACCUUUAGUCCAUCGACUAAUCCGAGAAAUCUUAGAUGUGAACCUACAUCUUAAAAAAUGGUCAACCAAAGUCAAAUUUGUUCAUUUGAUACCCGAGAUGAAGGAUUAUGACAAAUAUUGGGGCGACUAUGCAAAGAUGAGUGAUUAUGUUUACUUUGCGAUCUUACUAGACCCUACAAUGAAGUCUCAAUUAUUGUUGUAUACUUUUAAAGAAAUGAUUGGUUCCAAGGAUCAAAAGUUAUCAAAGUCGGAGAUAGAAUUGAAAGCUUAUGAAAUGCUUUAUGAGGGGUCGAUGCGUCUCAUCGUCCUCAUCAGAUUGGGGAAAGAAGGAAAAGGGGAUAUGGGGUUACGAACGGAGCAACGAAAUCAGAUGGUGAGAAGGAAGCUCGCAGGCGCGCGGCUGCUACUACAGACGUCCCGGCCGAUCACGAAGAGGGAGGCGGCUCCAGUGCUUGGCCGAACCGAAGGAGGAGAAGAGACGAAAGCAGCGAGGCUCUCUCUUUCUCGUCCGCCGAUUGCAGACCCAUCGCACCCGAGUGGCGUGCUCCGUCGGUCGACUAGACCGAAGAAGGACAUGGGCAGAAGCAGCUCGGUGAUGGCGCACGAUGUUGCCGACAACAGUGGUGAGAGGGGCUGCUACGGCAGGUUCCUCGUCGGUUCCAGCAGCGGUGUCCGAAGGGAUGGUGCGUGGGUGAGGUACGAGAGGCAGAAGAGGUCCGAUGGAUGUCCGGUUGGCGGCCAACAAUCACGAUGUUACCCCAUUGUUUUGGCAAUUCCGGUCAACAAUAGGAAAAAAAAAAAAAAAAGGAAGGACGAAGAAGAAACGGGCUACUGCCCUCUUAGGUAG